AUGUCGAAGGUUCAGGUUAAAAAUGCCAUCGUUGAGAUGGAUGGAGACGAGCAAACCAGAAUUAUCUGGCAUUUGAUCAAGAAUAAGUUGAUUGUUCCGUUCUUGGACGUUGACUUGAAGUACUAUGAUCUUUCUAUGGAAAACAGGGAUGCUACAGAUGAUCAAGUUACUGUAGAAUCUGCAGAGGCUACAUUGAAGCAUGGUGUGGCAGUUAAAUGUGCUACUAUAACCCCUGACGAGGCUCGUGUGGAAGAAUUUAAGUUAAAGAAGAUGUGGAAGUCGCCUAACGGGACUAUCAGAAAUAUUUUGGGCGGUACAGUUUUCCGUGAGCCGAUUGUGAUUCCCAGAAUUCCUCGUUUAGUUAGCGGUUGGAAGGAGCCCAUUAUUAUUGGAAGACAUGCUUUUGGUGACCAGUACAAGGCUACUGAUGUUGUGAUUCCUGGUGAAGGGACCUUGAAAUUAGUUUUCAAGAGUAAGGAUGGUGAUGAGAGCAAGGAUAUAGAUUUGGAUGUGUUUGAGUUUCCAAAGGAUGGUGGUGUUGCUAUGUCGAUGUACAACACCGCUGAGUCAAUUACGGGGUUUGCAAAGUCUAGUUUUGAGCUUGCUUUAGAAAGAAAGAUGCCAUUGUAUUCAACUACUAAAAACACUAUCUUGAAGAAGUACGAUGGGCAAUUCAAAGACAUCUUUGAAGGAAUGUAUGAACGUGAAUAUAAACAGAAGUUUGAAGCUGUUGGUAUCUGGUAUGAACAUAGAUUAAUUGAUGAUAUGGUUGCUCAAAUGUUGAAAUCUAAGGGAGGCUUCAUUAUUGCUAUGAAAAACUAUGACGGUGACGUUCAAUCCGAUAUUGUGGCGCAAGGUUUUGGUUCCUUAGGUUUAAUGACUUCCGUUUUGGUUUCUCCAGAUGGGAAAACUUUCGAAAGUGAAGCUGCUCAUGGCACUGUCACCAGGCACUACAGACUUCACCAACAAGGUAAGGAGACUUCAACUAACUCAAUUGCAUCUAUCUUUGCAUGGAGUCGUGGUAUCAUUCAGAGAGGGAAACUAGAUGGUACCCCUGAUGUGGUGAAGUUUGGACAGUUAUUGGAGAGUGCUACUUUGGACACAGUGCAAGAAGAUGGCAUUAUGACUAAGGACUUGGCUUUAAUCUUGGGUAAGACCGACAGAGAGAGUUAUGUUACCACCGAGGGCUUUAUCGAAGCUGUUGAAAAGCGGUUAGCUGAUGGUUACCGUCGUCUUUUUCGUGACUAA